AUGUCUUUUCUAUUCGCUUAUUCCAAUGAUUUAUCGAUUGACCAGGUUUUGAUCUCUUGGCAAAAUUUUGCAUACGAGCUGUCAACGCUUCAAUAUUUUCUCAUCUUCCCAUCUCUUGGUUAUACUGAUGCAAUUACUGGAAAUGAUGUUAUCCGAACGAUUGAUCCGAAAACACUGAUCUUCCUCGAAAAGCCGAUAUUUACCCAUCAAAAAUUUCUUUUGUGCAUAAUUGCGUCACGGUGUAUGUUCACCCCUUCUGCGUAUCUCGCGCCACACCUGACGCCCAAAGCGGAAAAUUCUGAAAAUCUUCAAAUUAUUCCAGAAAAAUUCGCCGAAAUGUCGUCAGACACCGACGACGACGCUAGCGAUUUGAAGCAGUUCGACUACACUGCCUACCGUAAUCUCUACACUUAUCACGCCCACACGCUAUCAAAGACGCUCCACCGUGAUCGAGAAUCGCAAGCGAGGCUUCGAGAAUUUCGAAGUUUGGCGUCAAAAACCGAAAUUCGAAAUUUCGAAAAUUCCGAGAUUCUAGUGGCUUCUGAAGAUGUGACGCCUUCUGAAAUCGUGUUAGAAUUGAAUGGAUUGGUUGGAACGAUUCAGGAUAGGAUUGAGAGGACUCCCACGCUUUUCCGGACUGAUUUAUUGGACACCCCAUUGCUCAUCCUAACGUCGACUGGAUUCCACGGUCCCGCCUACGUCAUCAGAAGGUCGUCCCACCCGAAUUGUCAUCUGGAGCACGUCAUCUGUCAUCUGGAGCCCAUCGCAUGGAUUCUGAGGGCCCGAAAAUCGAUUACACGUGGCACCGAGAUUACUGUAGCUUUUGAUUUUCCUCCCGAGAGGAUUACUGUAGAUAGGCCACGCCCAGAAGUCAUCAGAAGGCGUACGGUAGAUGGAUAUGUCAAUGUGAAAGCUAGAGAGAGAAUGCCCCCAUCUCCCACGUCUUCUGAAUCUGAAUCUCUUGACGCCAACACCACGACAUCCGGGUCUUCUGACUCCUUUACGUCUUCUGACUCUCCGUCUAUGUCUCCGCGGGUCCCGAUGUCCUCCUCGGCUCCUUUGAAGAGAAUUCGAACGGAAAAUGGAUGGAAAACGCUUCCAGCAAAGGAAAAAAUUCUCAAAAAAUCCACGUCAUCUGAGAAUCCGAAGAAAAAGAAGAAAAAAUCCGGGGGACGUUGGGGAGCAGGUUGGACGACGAAAACGAAAAAACGAAAAGUGUGCGGAGCCAAAACUACAGUAUCCCCGAAAAUCCCAAAAUUGGAUUCUGAAUCCAUCGUCACGUCUUCGGAAUCGAAAAAUGGGGAUUCUGGAAAGUUGACGUCUUCUGAAGCACAGGAAAUGGAUUCUAGUGCAAUUCUGACGUCGUCCGACUCCUCAAAAGUCAAAAAUUCAGGAGCAACGUCGCCUGAAGCGAUUCUGGCGUCUUCUGCCUCCAAAAAAGUUGUAUACUCGAUUCUGACGUCUUCUGAAUCCCAGAAAAUGAAUCCUGAAAACUUAAAUCCCAAUAUGACGUCUUCAGAAGCCCAAAAAAUCGAUAAUUUGGAUUUUGAAAAUUCAGAAUUCCAAAAAUUGACGUCUUCAGAUUCAGAUGAGAAAAUUCCACCACCCAAUCCACAAAAAUCGAUAAAUCGAAAAAAGAAGAAGCCACGUCGUGAACCGUGGUCUUCUGGAGGCGGAAGGAAGAAGAAGUAUUCACCAGCGCUGAAAAUAGCUGAAAGUUCGGAUUCUGACGCCACGUCUUCUGAAUUCAAAAAAAUGAUUUUCGAAGAUUCUGAGGUCGUCGUCCCGUCUUCUGAUGCUCCAGACGUUGCAAAGGAACAUUCUGAGCCGUCUGGAGCACCUGCCACGUCAUUUAGAGUUCCAGAAGUUGAAAAAACCAUCGUUAUGUCUUCUGGAGCACCUGCCACGUCAUCUGAAGCCCUAGAUGAAGAAGAAACUUCUGGAGCACCUGCCACGUCAUCUGGAACUGGUGAAUUUGAAUUUCAAUGUUCUGGAGAGCCUGUCACGUCUUCUGAAUCACAAAAAUUUAAAAAUCAAGAUUCUGAAGUUGCCACGUCUUCUAAAGUUCGGGAAUUCGGAAUUGAGUAUUCUGGAGAGCUUGGAGCAUCUGUCACGUCUUCUAAAAUGGAAAUCGAGGAUUCAGAAGCUCCAGAAGCAUAUUUGAUAUCAUCUGAUAGACAAGAAAUGAGAAAUUCUGAUUCUGAAGGAUGUCCGACGUCUUCUGAAACCCCAGUAGUCAAAAUAGACGAUUUAGAAGCUCCAGAAGCUAAUUUGACGUUUUCUGAAUUUCGAAAACUUCAAAAUCAAUACUCUGAAUCUCCAGAAGACGUCGUCAAAAUAGAAGACUAUUCGGACGUCUCCAUGGAAUUCGGAGAAGCUGCUGAUUUAUUGAUUUUUGCGGAAAAUGAGGAGAUGAGCAAUGUAACGUCUUCUGGAGUUCCAGAGGAGGAUUCUGACAGGACGUCUUCUGAAAUUUCAGAAUCUUCUGUCGCGCUUUUGAAGAUUCUAGAAAAUCAUCAAAUUCCGACAUCGUCAGAAGAUUCUGAAGUCCCGACGUCUUCUGAAAUUUUCCAGAACCUACAGUCAACAUUUUAUCCGGAAAUUACUGAAAAUUUAGAUUCAGAAGUUCCGACGUCUUCUGAAAUUUUCCAGAAUUCACCAGCUCUGAAAAUGGCUGAAAAUUUGGAUUCUGAACCAAAGGCCCUCGAAGAUUCUGAAUCCCGAAAUCUGAAAAUUCUAGAAAAUUAUCGAAUUUCCACGUCUUCUGAAAUUCCCAAAAAUUCACAAGCGCCGAAAAUAGCUGAAAAUGCACAAUACAAAGUUGUAGAAGAUUGCGACGAAAUUUUCGAGAAUACCUACUCAGAAGAUGUCAUCGCGCUUCUGAAAACGUUGCACAAAAAAAAUUCGAAAACUCAGAAAAUCAGGAACUAUCGCGCUCAGAAUUUGAGAAUUCGCCAAUUUCGAUUGAUUCAGAAUUCAGAAGACCCAGAAGACGUCAAGCUUCUAGCGUUAUCAAACGUGAAUCCUGGUACCAUCCUUCUGGAGCUGAUUGGCCACGUGGCAUUGCUCACCGAGACUCCAGAAGACGAAAGAAGUGGAAAAUGGAUGUAUACGGCGAAUUUUUUGACGAAAAACGCCCAAAAAAGUGCAUUUGGUGAUCAUCGAUACCCAAAAUCGAUAUUCUGUAUCGAUCCGAUCAAUGAGUGUCGAUUUUUGAGACGUUCCUGUAAGCCGAACGCCCAUUUUGAACCACAAAAACAUGGAUUUGAUUGUGAAAUACGUGAAAUGCGAACUUUGUCAUCUGUACGCGACACAUCGAAGAACGGAUCUCAUCCGACACCUCCAGGGAGUACACAAAGCGUCUCCAGAAGACGUGGAGGGGGUCAAGGGGGCGUUGCAGAAGAAAAGAGCUCCAAACGGAGACGUCAAAGAAGAAACAAGCUCCGCCCCCUCGUCAUCAUCUAA